GUACCAUAUGUAGCAUUAACUGUCAUUCAGCCACGAUGGCCCACCAGGUGAUGUCUAAGCAGCUUUAUUACAUACAUGUAUGUUCCCAUCCAUUGAACUGGGCAGUCAUUCAAUCAAUCGGCUGACCAGUCAGCCGAACCUCCGGCUCGUUGGGGCGCUUCCAGCCAUCAUAGCAAAUCAUGUCACCCUCUCCAUGGCAGAGCCUCUAUGCCGUCCUGCCUGUCGGCUCUACCACAAGCGCCUUAAGAGCCCGGGGCCUUCCUCUUCCUCGCACUCCUCCUCGGCUGGCCCGACGAGCCUCCUUGCCCAUGACCCGUACGCGCCCGCCUCGCCGCGCCGGAUCCGGGCUGCUCUUCUUCUUGGAUAGCCCGAGCUACCAUCCAUGCCAAAUCCUCGUCGAACUCUCGCCAGUACUUGGCGUUGGCCCGACUCCUCGCGGCGGGGGUGGCCUCAGGAGGCAUGUUCUUCCUGAGGUCGCGAUGAGUCGGGAACCUCGACAGUGAGUCUUCGCCCGUGAAAGGGUCAACCCACGCCGGCUCGACGGCGGCUUCGGCAGCGGCUGCUUGAAUGAUUUAGCCAAGAUUGAGCGUGACGAAGAUCAUGGCAACUCACAGGUAGCAAGGGCGGCUGGUGGCGCUGCCGUUGUUGGUGUUGGUUCGGCUGAAAAGUCAUCCUUAGCUAUAGUUCUUCUCCGUCUGGUUAAGAAGGGCGCUGAAACUCACCAACGGGAGGUGCAGUGCUUUUCCUGCGACUGGCGCGAGACGAGACUGGCUCCACCGCUGAGGCUGAGGCUGAGGCUGAGGCUGAGGCUUGUGCUUGAACAGCGCCAGCGCUGCGUCCGCGACGAACCUGGCCCCGGCGGGAAGGAACCUUCGCUGCCUUUGAAGAUGGUGGCGGUGGUGGUGGCAGCGAUGAUGGUGAUGGUGAUGGUGAUGGUGAUGAUAAUGGUGUUGGUGGUGUUGGUGGUGU